AUGUCUAAUUCCGGUGAACUCGAAACGUCAGGGUUGUUGGAUGAAGUUGCGUCAGAAAGGCUCGAAAGGCAUACAACACAGAGCGGCUUCAUUCGCGACGCCGUCAUCGGUCUUGCCGAUGGCCUAACAGUACCCUUCGCGGUGACUGCUGGCUUGACUUCGAUUGGGUCCACAAAGUUGGUCAUUCUUGGCGGAAUGGCAGAAUUAUUUGCCGGCGGUAUAAGUAUGGGUUUGGGAGCUUAUCUUGCCACGAUUACGGAUGCACAUCACUUUCGAGUAGAGGAAGCACGUGAGCAGCGUCAGGUCACAGGGACUCCGCAACUUGAAGGAGAAAUUUUGGUAGAAAUUUUCACAAACUAUGGCCUCAGCAGAGAAGAAAUAUUACCUAUCCUCCAGAGUUUCAGGCAGAAUCCAGAAUCAUGGGUCAAUUUUAUGAUGGACUUUGAGCUGAAGCUUGAGCGGCCCAGCUGGUCUCGACCAUGGCUCUCCGCCUUUACAAUGGGAUUAGCAUAUUUCGUAGGCGGGCUGAUCCCCAUGCUGCCCUACUUCGUGAGCAAGCAUAUCAAUACUGCACUAACCACCUCAAUUGCAAUUACAGCUGUUAUGCUGUCCAUAUUCGGAUAUGUCAAAUCCGUGGUUACUGGACUCGGCUAUUAUUCUGCCCUCUACGGAUCUCUAGAGACCUUGUUUGUUGGAGGCGUUGCCGCCGGGGUUAGUUAUGGUAUUGUAUGGGCUGUAAAUGAAGGUUUUGAAAUAACAUGA